UUUGAUAAUUUUUAAUUUCAAAUCGAAUUGUAAUUAUAGCAGCAUAGAAUUUCUUAUUUCUUGAAACUACGUAUAUUUAAUGUCACUUACCCGAAAAACUCAACAAUGGGGUACUUUUGCUCGCAUGUGGCAUAUAUAUGAUGCAACAUGGCAAGAUCCAUAUAAAAGUGCAGUAUUAAUAUCACACUAUUUAAGAGGAAUAUACAAACCAAUUUAUCAUCCUACAAAUGAUUGUGGUGAUCAUGUUGUUAUUAUAAACAGUAAUGAAAUUGCUCUUAGAGGAGAUGAGUGGAUUAGACGUGUUUAUUUUCAUCACACUACUUAUCCUCAAGGUGCAUCAUGGACAAAGGCUUGGGAACUGCAUAAGAAAGAUCCAACAAUGAUUAUACAAAAAGCAGUAUAUAGUGUUUUAGGAAAUAAUCUAACACGUAGAACUACUAUGCAACGUCUUCAUGUAUAUUAUGAUAAUAAUAUUCCAGAGAAAAUUAAAGAAAACCUUAGUAAUCAAAUAAAACAACUUAGGCCUGUCCCAAUUAGACUCGAUCAUAUUUCCCAAGAACAGCUUGAAAAUUUUCCACAAAUUAUAAAUUUACCAGCACAUUAUGUAUUACAUUAAUUGUAUAAAAA